UGUUUAAAGUUGUUAUUGUUAUUUUGUAUAACAUAACGUCUUUUCGUUAUUGUACAUUAUAAUUAUUCAUAUUGACACUACCAGCGCGUGCGUAGUUAAAAUAGUCAAAAAAGUUCCCUUUGUGUCCUUGAGGGGAUUUGGGGAUUGGAUAGAAUUGCCAACUGAUAUUUAAAUUGCAAUUUUGUCUAUAUUUCAGUUUUUAUUAUAUACAUUUAUUUGUAUUUGGUAAUUUUUGCCAAAGCAAAGAAUUUUGAAAUGUAUAUGUACAUAUAAAAACCCAAUCACUUGUUUUUUACGAUUUAUUUUAAAAAUCUUUGUUACACAUAUACAUAUUAUAACGGUUAAACAUCCCCCUGCUGUGCGAAAAUAGCCACCCUUACAAUCAACCUGUAAAAACCUACAAGUAUGAAUUGUCAAAAAGUAAGACUGAAAAAAUCGUUUACUCAGGUUGAAUCAUCCUCAUUAACAACAGGGAAAUUUGUCCUCCGCGUAAAUACAUUUCGACCGUAUUAGUGUUAAAAUAAACUUGUCUAAAUUUAAUUCGUUAAUAGUAAAAGUGUGUUAACGCAUAUAAAAAUAAAUGGAAGAAUUGUGGCAUAAAAUGUGCAAUCACUUUGCUGUCCCUGAAGAUGUGGCCAAAAGUUGGUACACACGUAUAUAUCAGCGACUCAACGAAAGCCAUUCCAAACGUUACUAUCAUAAUUGGAAUGAAAUGAUGCAGCAAAAACGCGAACAUCUGCAGCACUGUAAGCCUGCUUUGGUAUUGGCAGCAUUUUUCCAAUACUACUCAUAUGAUGGCACACAGCCUUGUGCGAAAGAAAAUUGUGCAGCAUUUGAGGAAUUUUGUUCCGACGCCGCGGUGGAUGAUCAAGAGUCCAAGAACUUAAUAUUGAAGCUUUUGGGCGACAAAUCGGCAGAGAACGAACUAGAAAACACGUUUGAAGACGACGCAAACUUACUGCAGGACUUAGAUUUGGCAAUAUUAGCUGCCAGUAGUGAAGACUAUAAACGUUACUGCCAACUACUGCGUAUGGAAUAUGAGCAUAUGAGCGAUGAGGAUUACAAAAAUAUGCGUUUGAAGGUACUGCAAACAUUACUAAGCAUACCAAACAUUUUUUCAACUGCGGACUUUCAAACACGUUAUGAAGCAUCUGCGCGUGCUAAUAUGAAAGCUGAAAUCAGUACACUUAAAGUAUAAUCUCAUACAAAAUUUUCGAACUCGUCGUGUUUUAAUUUCGGAAAAAAUCGAUUUUUGUUCUUGUGGCUAAAAAGUAAUGAAUUUCAGCAUUAAGAAAGUUCUAUUUAUUUGUAAUUUAGAAAGUCAAGUAAUGUCUACGUGUUCGUUUAAACACUUUCUUAUAUAUUAAACUCAGUGUAGUGUUUGAGAACUAUGUAUAGCUAAAAUCUAAAAAAUUUCGAAGAUGCAACUCAAUCAAAUGAAAGUUAACUUGAGAAUUUCAAAAAAUCCUUACAUACAUAUAUACAUUUAAAAUCUAUUUGUAGCUAGUAAUUAGUUUGCGUACGCGGACGUGGUAAUUUCAUAAGUGUAUUGUUAUGAAGUUGUUAAAUAAAUAAACGCAGUUAAAUCUCAAUGGUGUCAAAUCGCAAAACGUUUAGUAGAAAUUCUGAACCCACCUAGUAUGUGUAAUCCGGCUUAAUAUUCAACAAUACCGCUGCACCGCAAAUGCACAAACAAUUCAUAUAUUUACAUAUAAUUCUGAUGUUGCCUAUAUUCUCUGUAUUUAUUGUAUGUAAAGUAAUGAAAAUAAAUUAGUAAAACGGAAAGGUGUUUUAUUCAAUAAAUAGCUUGUGCUUUGGAGAGAAUAACACAAAGAACUUAAAGUAUAUGAGUGAAGGUAAAAGUGCUGGAGGUGUGAAGAAUGUCUUCUCUACACAUUUUUCUUAACUCAUAACUGUAAGACUUGUAUUAUGCUGUCAAAGAACACGCAGAUAAUCACGGAACUACUUCGAGGGAGCCCAGCAGGUAAAUAUAUGAAACAACAAACUAAGUAGUAACUCUUGAAAUUGGUAUAAUAUAUUCUAAUUGAUAUUUAGAAGCUUUUUUAUUCACAUUUUAUCUAAUCGCAAUCUUGAUCUUUGUUCUCUUGCAACAAAAGUGAGUGUUCGGAUAUCUCAUUGAAAUGAAACAGCCUCUUUAACCAUUAUACCAGUCUUUUAUACGAAUCGCCACUAGUUUUGACGAGACGAACAAGUUUUUUUUUAUUAUUAAAU